AUGACUGAAAUCCCACUUUUUGUGACAUCUGAGAAUACUUCAUCUGAGCGACGAAUUAAUCCAUCAUGGACAAUAAAAAAUCUCAGAGUUCGGCUUGAAACAAUCACCGGAAUUCCGCCAGCCAAUCAACAAAUCCAACUUUAUGGUGCAUCAAAAAUAUCGAAGCCCAUCAUCAUUUCUGCAGCAGAUGAAGACACCACCACCUUGGAAGGCUUUUCUUUAGAGAAAUAUGGACGCAUCAACGUUGACGAUACCCGACCGCUUUCAAAUCGACCGAACUUUACUGAUACGACAAAUGUCGAGUUUUAUACAAUGCCUAAUUCAGUUUAUGAGAAAAGAACGGAUUCAGUUUUAGCAUGGAAAAAACAAAAUCACCUGGGCCGCUUUGCUGAAGAAAAUUCUGGUGAUGAAGCUAAUGGGUUAACAAAGCAACAAGAACAAGAAAAACUAGAGCUGCUUUCUAUUGCGACUAGAGGAAUAAAGGUUGGAGCUCGUUGUAUUGUAAUCAAUCCUGUUGAACCGAAUGGGCCAGAAAGACGUGGAACUGUUCGAUAUAUAGGAAAGAUCCCUGAAAUCAAAUCAACCCAAAUAAACUACUGGGUUGGCGUAGAAUAUGAUGAACCUUUAGGAAAAAACGAUGGCUCCUUAGAAGGGACACGAUAUUUUGAUGCAAAGAAGGGAUGCGGUUCAUUUGUGAAGCCUGAAAUAGUUCAAAUUGGCGAUUAUCCAGAAGAGAAUUUGUUUAGUGAUGAUGAAAUUUGA